AUGAUUCCAGAAAAUUUCAAAAAUUGCUGUCUUGAAACUAUUUGUGAAAUUGCAUUGUUGAAGCCAGAAUUGGUUUGUCAUUCCGGAGGAUUUAAAGUUCUUAUAAAUGCAAUCUUGGACAAAUCCAUAGAAAUAUCAUCAAGUUGUCUUCUGGUGAUUCUUAAGAUAUUAGAUUAUGAAAAUUCUAGAAAGUUUGUCAGAAAUGGGUUUGACUUGGAUUCUUUAAUUUCUAUUUACUCAAAUUUAAGUGACAACGAAGAUGAUUCCACUACUAAGAUCAAGAGGUUUUCCACAUUAAAGUUUCAAAAAAUUGCUUUUCUAAUAUCAAUGUUGUUGAAGAAUUUCAAUGGUCUAAUGGCUUAUUCGAUAAAUGAUUUCACCAGUAUCAAAAACCUUCUUAUGAAUCUACGGAAGAAGAAUCCAAAAGCUCGAGAAUCCAUCUUGGAUUUGUUGCUCGAUGCUUUGAGGAUAAAGAAUUUCCCUUGGUUGAAAAGUUCUCCUAUUGGUGAUUCAAUAAAAAAAUAUAAUGCGUUCUUGGGGCAUGGCGAAAGUUAUGAUUUUCAAGUCCACGAUGUUCAUGAUGAGUUUACGAAACAUAUAGUACAACAUCAUCAAGGUUUACUUACUUUGAUUCUUGUCAAGAAUGAUAUUUUCCAGUAUUUAUCCAUUAUAAUAGAAGAGAAAGAUAACACGUGCUCCACUAAAGCGACAAUGUUGUUGACCAAUUUGUACAAAUUAGCAAGUGAUAAUCUUCCGUCUGAAUUGAUUAAUCAAAACUCACUCCCAGAUUUAUCGCUGCAUGCGUCAUAUGAAGUUGUUCAUGAGACAAGACACAAAUUUGUCCCGACAACGGAGUACAACCAGCACAUCAAAUCGAGUUUAAAGCAGAUCAAUAUCCAGUCCAAGUAUAAUGUUGAUGAUAAUGAAUUUAAGGCCAUGGUUACUAAUUCUAAAAUAUUAGCCAUCAAAGAAUUUGAAGAUUGGAAUUGGACUAUUUUAUUGAAUUUAAUCCAAGGUCCCUUGACAAAUCCAAAACGAUUUGAUGAAGUUUUAGAAAAAGCUCCUAAAUUUUUCAAACGGUUGUUGUCGUUCUAUCGUCCAUUCAAGUACAGAUUCUCCACUAUAACCAACUCUAAUAAGAACUGUCUUCGAUAUAUCAAUUUUGGAUGCCAGUUGAUUGAGAUGUUUUUAAAUUUAGAGAAUGGGAUCAAAUACUUGAGUAGUAGUAAAUUAUUGCCUCAAUUAUCGGAAAUAGUGGCCCAAAUAGAUCCAUAUAGUGGUAUUGGGUCAAGAGAUCCUAUUUUGAGUAAGAAAAGACUUGACUCAACAGCAUCUACUGGGUAUAUAAGAUUCAUUGGUGUGUUGAGUGGACAUUGGGCUGGGAUUAGAAUGCUAGAACAGUGGCAAUUUUUCACAUUAUUGUUAAACAUUGUUGGUUCAACUGCUGAUUCAGAUACAAACAAUUUAUUCAUUUUGACUUUGUUCAAAUACGUUGAUUUUAGUAUUGAUUCUCCAUUUAGAAAUUUGCUCAAAAUG